CUCAAUAAGCCGAUUUUACUAGAGGGUAGCCCGGGUGUGGGCAAAACCAGCCUGAUCAUGGCGUUAGCUGGCUUGACAUCGCACAACUUAUGUAGAGUCAACCUAUCUGAUCAAACAGAUCUUAUGGACCUCUUCGGGUCUGAUCUUCCCGUGGAAGGAGCCGAAGCUGGAGAGUUUGCCUGGAGAGAUGCUGCUUUCUUGCGGGCAAUGCAGCAAGGCGAUUGGGUGCUACUAGACGAGAUGAACCUCGCCCCUCAAGCUGUCUUGGAAGGUUUGAACUCUGUUCUAGACCACCGUGGCACCAUCUUCCUGCCAGAACUAGGUCGCUCUUUUACAUGUCAUCCAAACUUCCGCCUCUUUGCUGCACAAAAUCCAGUUCAGCAGGGAGGAGGCAGAAAAGGUCUCCCUAAAUCUUUCGUGAAUCGUUUUACGAAGGUUUAUCUCGAGGAUUUGAAUGCAGAUGAUUUAUUCAUCAUUGCAAGUCGGCUUCAUCCUGAUUGGCCCGAGCUUCAGCUUCGUCAAAUGAUAACAUUCAAUAACCAACUUCAUGAAGAAACCACA